GGAACACUUACAUAAACUUAGGCAGGUGCUCAGCAUGACUACACGUUUCACCUGAGGACUCCAAAUGAACUGAAAUGAAAACUCUAGUUCCGAUUUAAGAUGUGGACUUGGUUUUCUUCACCGUCGGCACCGAUGAGCAGGGGUUUCCAUGGUUGGCUGCUGUUAACUCCGCCUCCGGGAUCAUCCACACACUGAAUCCAACGCAUACUCUGCUCGUCAGCUGAAGGGUGGGACAACAGGUAGGCGUCCUGCUCUCCCUCGCUCUCCCCUGUUUGGAGCGUUUUCUUGGAAGCAGGUGUUCAGACCAGACCCAGAAGGACUUCUGGAAAUGAACCGUGGCGCGGAACUUGCUCUCGUGGCGUGGUAGAGGGUCAGAAGAGCCUCCGCGCACUGUCUCCGAAUAAAAACCGUCUUGUUAAACCCCGCUUUUUGUCCACUGGCAAGUUUCUUCACCUAAAACCAGGGAAUCUUGGGCGCAAUGAAAACGUCAAAGAGCUGACCUCAGGUUUCUCCCUGUGGGAUAAAGCAGUGGACUCUGAUCCUCAGGGGUUUACCAGCACUGACCCCGAUCAUCCUCUUUGAGGACAUGGAGAUGCUGCGGAAGUCUUCGGUGUUUGCUGCAGAAGUGCUGGAUGUGUUUGACCGGUCUCUGUCAGAGAAAGAGCUGGUGUCCCAGUCCAAAGCCCUGUGCCGAGACUACAUCCUCUCCAAACUCAACCAGAAUGGGCUGGGCUGGUCCAAAACUGAACUGAGUCUAUCUCCUUCAAACGCAUCUCUGUGUGAGGUGUCUUUAGUGCUUCUCUGCCUAGGUGAUGAGCUGGAGUCUAUGCAGCCCAGUUUGUACAGAAAUGUGGCUCGCCAACUCAACCUUUCAGUUGCCAUGGAAAACAUGGUUUCGGACGCCUUCAUCUGUGUGGCAACAGAGAUUUUCUCCACAGGUAUUACGUGGGGGAAGGUGGUGUCCAUGUACGCAGUAGCGGGAGCACUAGCAGUGGACUGUGUCAGACACGGACACGCCAGCACCGUUUACAUCUUGGUGGACAGUUUGGGCCAGUUUGUACGGAAAUACCUGGUGCCAUGGCUGAAGAGGCGGGGGGGAUGGGGAGAAAUCACGAAAUGUGUGGUCAAGAGAGACCUCACUCCUGAACAGAACUGGCUGUCCACAACAGUAGAGUCUCUCAAGUACUUUCUCACCACAGUGUAUGUUUACAUCAUGAAAGAACAGUAACAGGAGGGCUCUGGACUCUUCUCCGUCAGCGUCGGGAUGGAGAGGAAAUGGACCUUUCCAGAACACUGUCUGCUGGUGACAGACCAUCAACAAAUGUUUCCUCAUCAGCAUCAUUUCAGCGUCAGAUGAACGUGUGAGUGGUUACACGUCAUCCAAUGCGUAGUCACUGCAACAUUUCAGGACAGUCACUUCAAAGCAACAGAACAAAUCGGUGCCUGUGAAUCUCCGGUGUUGUAACUGCAAAGAAUAGGCACUGAUGAGUGGCUGGUUCUGUGUCUGCUCAGCUGGCUGGGGGACAGAUAUAGCAUGAAUGUGGAGCGACAAACUCUGUUUAGGUUCAGACAUAGAAACUGAAUGUAAAUCCCUCUGGGAUGUUUAAACUUCCCAGUUUUCUACACAACUACAUCACUAUCGUGUGUUCAGUCUCUGUCAUGAUGGAAUUAAAAUUGCUUUUUAUUCUUGGUUAUUUUUUUCAACGUCAUUUUUAAUAUCAAAAUCCACUGUGGCAUAUGAACAAGCUUUAUAGCGGGAUGGUUGCGUGAAACCUGCUUGUCACUUUAAAUGUGUAUGUGGGCUGGUUCUUUUUAAAUGCACUAUUGAAUAAAUCGUUGACCCCUGAAUGCUUCCAAGUAUGUGGAGUGUGAUUUAAUGGAGACAACAUGAGAAGUGACUGAAUAAAAGUUUGCUUUU